UGCUCCAGCUUCCAUUAGCGUUCUUCUUCCAAGCUGAGUUCCAUUUUCCUUUUCUUUUUCAGAGUUCAUCGUCCACGAUGCCGCCAUUACCGUAUCUGCAACUUCGAACUCUUUUUAUUCGAUCUUUAUCAUCACCGUCUUCGACUUCUUUGAAUGAUUGUUCGAGGAACGUUCUUUUACAUCGAAAUUUGACGUCUCUCUUCCACCAUUUCCGGCAUCAUGAGGCAGCAUUGAGGUAUUCUUCUCCCUUGUAUCUCUCACUUUCUCAUUCGUUCUUUUCCGAAUCCGGAGACAAUGACCUGGAUCAAACAUCGCAAUCACUUGCAUCCGAGCUUCUCAAAGACCCUGAUUUGGAUCCUCUUCCUAUUACGCAGCGUCUUCAACUUAGCUUUUCGCAUGUUAAACCAAAUCCGGAGUUAGUUCUCAAUACGCUCAAUCUCUCAUCGGAAGCUGGUCGGACGGUGUUAGGGUUUAAUGAGUGGUUAGUAUCGAAUCCUGAUUUUCAUCACACGGAUGAAACUAUCUCGUAUUUUAUUGAUUAUUUUGGUCGUAGAAAGGAUUUCAAUGCGGUUCAUGAAGUUCUUGCGAAAGGUUUAGGAAUUAGCGGGGCUAAAACCCUGCGGUCGUCUAUUGAUCGGUUCGCUCGUGCUGGGCGAUCCACGAAGUUGAUCUCGUUUUUUGAGACGAUGGAGAAGAAUUACGGGCUUAAGAGGGAUAAAGAGUCACUUAGGCUGGUGGUGGAGAAGCUCUGUGAAAAUGGCUUCGCGAGCCAUGCAGAAAAGAUGGUCAAAGACUUGGCUAACGAGUUUUUCCCCGAUGAAGCAAUUUGCGAUACUCUGGUCAAAGGAUGGUGCGUUGAUGGGAAACUUGAUGAAGCAAAAAGGCUGGCGGGUGAGAUGUACAGGGGCGGGUUUGAGUUAGGGACUACGGCAUAUAAUGCUUUGCUUGACUGUGUUUGCAAACUUUGUAGGAAAAAGGAUCCGUUCCGACUUCAUUCUGAGGCUGAGGAAAUUCUAGUGGAAAUGGAUUAUCGUGGGGUUCCACGAAAUGUGGAAACUUUCAAUGUGCUGAUUAAUAAUUUGUGCAAGAUUAGGAAAACCUCUGAUGCAGUAAAUUUGUUUCAUCGGAUGGGGGAGUGGGGAUGUCAUCCCAAUGCUGAAACGUUCCUUAUUUUGAUUAAAAGUUUGUAUCAAGCGGCAAGAACAGGAGAGGGGGAUGAAAUGAUUGACAGAAUGAGGUCUGCAGGAUAUGGUGAUGCACUUGAUAAGAAGGCUUAUUAUGAGUUUCUGAAGAUUUUGUGUGGGAUUGAGAGAAUUGAUCAUGCUCUGGUUGUUUUUGCAAAGAUGAAGAAGGAUGGGUGUGAACCUGGGAUUAAGACAUAUGAUCUAUUGAUGGGAAAAUUGUGUGCCCAUAACCGUCUGGACAAAGCAAAUUCACUCUUUAAUGAAGCUCAAAAACGUGGAGUGCCAGUUACUCCAAAAGCAUAUCAGGUGGAUCCAAGAUAUGUAAAGAAGCCAAAGGUAAAUAAGGUUGAGAAGAAGAGGGAGACAUUGCCUGAGAAAAUGGCGAGGAAGAGGCGACGACUGAAGCAAAUUCGAUUGAGUUUUGUCAAGAAACCAAAAAAAGCAAUGCGUAGAGCAUUUUGAUAAUGUAGCACUAGAAUAGAAUGCAUACAAAUUGAAGUUUGAACAACAAACUUGAUCCAUUCUUUUUUAUGAUGUUCUCUGUUUUCUUUUGCACCCGCCCCGGCCCUCUCCUACCCUCUAUAGUAUUAGCAGCAGAAAAAUAAGAGGUUUUUUAUUUUGCCCGGUCUGGUAUUGAAUUUUGCUGAAACUAAUACGGGACAAUGACAGCUCUGGCAUGUCAUUUCAUUAUUUAUAUUGGACCAAGGAACAAGGUCAAACUUUGGUGGAUCAAAAUUCCAGGUUCGUUUAGGAAAA